GGCGGGCGGGCAGCUGCCACCGCGCGGGACCCAGCGGUGCCAAUGAAGCCGGGGACGCACGGAGCCGGCCAGCCUGGCCCCCCGGGGUCCAGCCACGAGCAGCCGGGCCCCCCCCGGCCCCGCCAGCAGAACGGCGCCGUGCCCGGAGAGCGGGGCAAGCAGGACAAGAGCGUCAAACGCGGCAACUGGGGCAACCAGAUUGAGUUUGUGCUGACCAGCGUGGGCUACGCCGUGGGGCUGGGCAACGUCUGGCGCUUCCCGUACCUCUGCUACCGCAAUGGGGGAGGUGCCUUCAUGUUCCCCUACUUCAUCAUGCUGGUGUUCUGCGGCAUCCCCCUCUUCUUCAUGGAGCUCUCCUUCGGGCAGUUCGCCAGCCAGGGCUGCCUUGGCGUCUGGAGGGUCAGCCCCAUGUUCAAAGGCGUGGGCUACGGGAUGAUGGUGGUGUCCACGUACAUCGGGAUCUACUACAACGUGGUGAUCUGUAUUGCCUUCUACUACUUCUUUGUGUCCAUGACGCGCGUGCUGCCCUGGACGUACUGCAGCAACGCCUGGAACACGCCCGACUGCGUGGGGGUGCUGGACGGGAACCUCUCCAGCCACGCCGCCGUCAACCUCACCCACCUCCUCAACGCCACCCAGAAGCGCACCAGCCCCAGCAAGGAGUACUGGAGGAGGUACGUGCUCAACCUCUCGGAUGACAUCGGGAACCUGGGCGAGGUGCGCCUGCCUCUGCUGGGCUGCCUCGGCGUCUCCUGGGUCGUCGUCUUCCUCUGCCUCAUCAAGGGCGUCAAGUCCUCGGGGAAGGUGGUGUACUUCACGGCCACCUUCCCCUACGUGGUGCUCACCAUCCUCUUCGUGCGUGGCAUCACGCUGGAGGGGGCCCUCACCGGCAUCAUGUACUACCUGACGCCCCAGUGGGACAAGAUCCUGGACGCCAAGGUGUGGGGUGAUGCCGCCUCGCAGAUCUUCUACUCGCUGGGCUGCGCCUGGGGUGGCCUCAUCACCAUGGCCUCCUACAACAAGUUCCACAACAACUGCUACCGGGACAGCAUCAUCAUCAGCAUCACCAACUGCGCCACCAGCGUCUACGCCGGCUUCGUCAUCUUCUCCAUCCUGGGCUUCAUGGCCAACCACCUGGGCGUGGAUAUCUCCAAGGUGGCCGACCACGGCCCCGGCUUGGCCUUCGUCGCCUACCCGGAGGCUCUCACCCUGCUGCCCAUCUCCCCGCUCUGGUCCAUCCUCUUCUUCUUCAUGCUCAUCCUCCUGGGGCUGGGCACGCAGUUCUGCCUGCUGGAGACGCUGGUCACGGCCAUCGUGGACGAGGUGGGCAACGAGUGGAUCAUCCGCAGGAAGACCUUCGUGACGCUGGGGGUGGCCGUGGCAGGCUUCCUGCUGGGCAUCCCGCUCACCACCCAGGCGGGCAUCUACUGGCUCCUGCUGAUGGACAACUACGCCGCCAGCUUCUCCCUGGUCGUCAUCUCCUGCAUCAUGUGCGUUGCCAUCAUGUACAUCUACGGGCACCGCAACUACUUCAAGGACAUUGAGAUGAUGCUGGGCUUCCCGCCCCCGUUCUUCUUCCAGAUCUGCUGGCGCUUCAUCUCGCCCGCCAUCAUCUUUUUCAUCCUGGUCUUCACAGUGAUCCAGUACCGGCCCAUCUCCUACAACGACUACGUCUACCCCACCUGGGCCAUCAGCAUCGGUUUCCUCAUGGCGCUCUCCUCCGUCAUCUGCAUCCCCAUCUACGCCAUCUACAAAGUGUGCCGCUCCGAGGGGGACACGCUGCUGGAGCGCUUGAAAAAUGCUACUAAGGCGAGCAAGGACUGGGGCCCGGCGCUGCCAGAGCACCGCAGCGGGCGCUACGCCCCGGCGUUCAGCCCCUCCACCGAGUCCCACCUGGAGGUGCAGCCCCUGCACCCGGAGAAGGCGCAGAGCGAGGCCGCGGCCGCGUCCCCCGUGCAGGGCAGCAACGGCUUGGCCCACAGCCAGGACUCCAGACUGUGACCCCCCGCCGUCCCCGCACCCCCUCUAACCCCUCCCGCGCGGUGACACUUUCGCACCUUCCGCUGGCGGAGCCUGGCUCCGGGCCGCACCGGACGGCGGGGGGCUCUCAGCGCCCGUCCCCGAGACCCCCGACCUCCUCUCGGUUAACCCCGUCCCCCCCCGUGGCGUUUGUUAACCCUCAAGUUUACGGUAACCUUCCGUGCGCGACGCUGGGACACGAGAGGAGGGGGGGGCACAGCCCCGGGAGGGCCAGGAGCCAGAGGCACUUUGCAGGGGACCUGCCCCGUGGGGACUGGCACCCUCGGGCCGCGCGGAUGGAGAGGGCACCGGGGCACUUUUUGGGGUGCUGCCCACCCCGGGACACAGCACAGCCCUCCCGGGCUCGGUCCCAUGGGGCCGUGGUGGCAAGGGAGCCCCCGGCCUCGGUGGGGUGGCCACGCGCAGGGACGGCACCCAGGGGCACGGGGUGGGCAACGGGGCGAGGGCACUGCCCGCGCCAGCACAAGGCACAAGCACAAGCACUUAGGCACGCGUGCACCUGGGCGCACGCACCCCCACUGCACGCGGGCACACACCCUCGGUACCCACGGGCGCGCCGUGCGUGCGCUCGUACCCACAGCCCCGCUACGUGCAGCGUCCCCGCACCUUGGGGGGCCACCUGGGUGGUGGCACGGGCGCCUGGCGUCCCCGACGGCCUGGCACGGGCAGGGGGGGAACCUUCCAUGGUGCUAAGGGGGAGCAGGAAGGACUGGCCCCCAGCUGCUGCUAGCAAGAGGUACCGGAGGAGAUGGGAGGGCGGAGGCAGCCCGCUCGCUCCGAGCCAUCUGGGUACGUUUUGUCCCCGAGCAGUAUUAGUGGAGCAGGAUGCACUGGCAAGGCCGGGCGGUUUUCAAUCUGUCUUCCAGCUACAGCCGAGGGGCCGUAGCUCUCGGUUUUGGGGUGGGGAGGACGGGACCCUUCCCACCCCGAGGCUCCCCUGCCAGCCAGCACCGCGCUCCCUGUGCCGGAGCCCCGAGGCUCGCGCAGGGACGCGGGGUGGCGCGGCAGGGACAGGCUGAGGGGCAGCAGGGUGCUGAGCCCCGGCAAGGACGUUCCAGCUCCCCUGGCCCCAUCCCGAGCCCCCCGUGCGACGCGGCGGAGAGGCGCAGUUUCCCGCAUGGUGCCCGUGCCCUGCCCCAUGUGUCACGCCGCUACUGUUCACCUCUAAUUGUUAGCAAUAACGCGCGCGUCCCUGGGCAGCGCUGCCUGUGCCAGUGUCUCUCCCGGUGUAGACUUCUAAAGUAUCCUAGAUUUUAAUGAGAUUUAUAUUCCUGA